CUCUGUGUCACUCAGCGAGGGAUAUAUGAUACAAGCUUGGAUCGAAAAGAGAGGGAGGGAGGGAGGGAGAAAGAUACACAUACGCUGGGCUGUCUGUGCACUCAUUACGUUAGUUACGCAUGUGUGGUGUGUCGAUUGAUUCAAUGAAUGCAGUGAAUGCAGUGAAUGCGCAAACAAACAAAGAAGAACGAACAACGAAAACGCCAAAUAAAUAAAGGCAGCACGACAGACACGCACCCUCCCUCCCUCCAUCCCUCCCAACAUAUAUCCAACACCCAGUGACCCAACGAAUAAUGUCAAUCAACCAAACCACCAGCCCUUCACCCAAAGAAAACCCACACACUCACGCAUGGCCAUGCAUGGACCCAGACAGACACGCUCAAGAAAGGAACGAGGUAUCGACGGAGGGAGGGAGGGAGCUAGCCUAGCGUAUCUUCUUCUUCUCUACUGGCUUCAGUAUCUGACAAUCCAAACCAACCAACACCAGCACACCACCACACCCACAGGCAGCCUGCCAUUAUCGAUCCGUCCGUGUGCUGUGCUGUGCGCUUGCUUUAGACCGAUCCGUGCGCCGCGCCGCGCCGGUGUGUGUGAUGUAGGUAGGUACCAACAUACCUGGAAAGAGCACAUGAGUGUCUCGUCGACGGACAUCAUGGCGCCGGCGUUGUCGAACUCGCCGCAGUAGUUGGGGGCGCUGAACAGCGUCACCAGCUGACGCUUCGCGAAGAACUCGUACCCGUCCUCAACAACCUGAUACACACACACACAGAUACACACGUGUGUGAGAGAAGUGUGUUGUGUGUGAGUAGAGUACCUACCUGGUGUGCCCUGCAGACGAGGUCCAGGUCGUGUUUCCUGAGGAAGUUGUGCACGACGUCCUGUCCGAAGGUGAAGGAGACGCCCCGGUCGUUCUCCCCCCAACCGUUGAUCUCCUUCUCGGGAUCGCUCCACAACAAAUCACACAGCAACCCUGCAGCAGGCCACACACCACACCACGCCUCACCACACCACACACUGCCUGUUUGCUGCGUUGACGAGUGUGUCGUUCGUUCGUUGGUUCGUGUGUGUGGGUGUGGUGUGUUAGACUACACACCUAUAUACCUGUGUCGGGUACGUCUGUAGGUCGUACGAUCCGUCUGAUUUGGUCCAUGGAGUUGAGUUCGGGUGAGAGGCCGCCGUGCAUGCACAUGAUCUUCUCGUCGAUGAUGGCCGCCACCGGCAGGCAGUUGAAGCAGUCCGUGAAGGUCUUCCACAACUUGAUGUUGUACCGACGCUUGCCUGAUAGCAGUCAGGGAGGGAGGUGAGUGAGUGCAUUCGUGUAGUUAGUGAUUGGCUCGUGUGUGUGUGUGUGUGCGUGUGUGUGUGUACACUCGUCAUAGAAGCCGUAGAUGCGGUUGAUCGAGGCGCACUCGUGGUUGCCCCUCAGCAGGAAAAAAUUCUCUGACGGCCAUAUAUUGCAAUGGCACCACAACAACCACAGCAAUAAAUCCGGUCCUCGUGCUGUGGGUGACCGUCUUCCCUCCCUCCCUCCCCCCCCCUCCCCCACCUGGGUAUUUGAUCUUGUAGGCCAGCAGCAGGCAUAUCGUCUCCAACGACUGCUUCCCGCGGUCAACAUAGUCGCCUGACCACACACAGCCCAGCCCCGGGGGCACACGACAGACAAUAAAUCCACAAGCAAUGCAAUCAAUGCACUCUCUCUCCGUGUGUCCGCCUGCCUCUCCGUAGCUAUGUCCGUACCGAGGAAGAGGUAGUUGGCCUCGGGGGGGAAGCCACCGUACUCGAACAGCCUGAGGAGGUCGUAGUACUGCCCGUGGAUGUCGCCACAGAUCUUGAUGGGCGCCUCCAGCUCGAGCAGCACCGGCUGGCUGAUGAAGAUCUCGCGGCUCUUGACGCAGAUGCCGCGCACCUCCUGCUCAGUCAGCUGCACCGGCUUGCCGGGACGAGAGCCACGCACCUCCAGCAGCUUGUCACUGGUGGACACAGAGAGAGGUAAAUAAAGAGGAAGGAGGUGUCCAGUGCUGCUGCUGUAGUUUGCGGUGUUGUGCGUGUUGUGGUCGGCUUACAUGACACUGUCGACGUCAAUGUCCGUCGACUGAGACAUGGUGGCCCUCUGGCAGCCCUCAGGCCUGCCCCUUCCCUGGUCGCCCUGCUCUACGCCACUCCUCCCACUUCAACACACACUACCACUACCAAACCGCACCCGCAGAGGUCCGUUAAAUAAGCAGGGCGGAAAGGGCCACCAACAGACUGGCCGUGCGUACGCCUCCACAACCAGCCCUUUCUUCUCC